UGUGAGCUGACGUUUGUAAUUUGUAUUGCAGUUUCUUGAUCGUUCGCUUUGUUACUAGAAGAAUUAUUACCACGACGAAAUCUCCAAACCAGCGGGCUCCGUCGCGGCGCAGGCAGUCAAGCAUCGAGCGGGAUGUGAGGGCUCGACACGAGCGUGCUUCCAUGUCCGAUACGCAGGCUAGAGGCCACCAGGCCAUGUCCGAUUCGAGACGCCCAUUCUUCUAUCCUGACAGCAGCAGCGACACUGAAGAGUAUAUGCGAGAUAGCGAAGAGCGUCGCAAGCGUUUGUCGAAACGUAACAACAUACCGAACAUCCGUAGGAACCCAAGUAUGCUGCCGAAAACGCAGUCGCCAAACGCGCCUAUACCGUCUACGUCGAAUCAGGACCAGGGCAAAGAGAAGAAGAACCAGCUAUGUGAUGAUAGGAUCACGCUAGUGGUGGAUAACACUAGGUUCGUGGUGGAUCCUGCGCAGUUUACUGCUCAUCCUAACACCAUGCUUGGCACUAUGUUCAGUUCUGGCUUAGAAUUCACGCACCCAAACGAGCGGGGCGAGUACGAAGUCGCCGAAGGUAUAUCGGCGACUGUGUUCCGUGCUAUACUCGAGUACUACAGAGGUGGGACUAUCAGGUGUCCGCCGACUGUGUCCGUGCAGGAGUUGAGAGAGGCAUGUGACUAUUUGCUCGUGCCGUUUGACGCUAAUACUGUUAGAUGUCAGAACCUCCGAGGCCUGCUUCACGAGCUAUCCAACGAGGGUGCCCGUCGUCAAUUCGAAUCUUUCCUAGAACGGUUGAUCCUACCCCUCAUGGUGGAAUCAGCCCAGCGUGGAGACAGGGAAUGCCAUGUUGUGGUGUUGCUUGAUGAUGACUCUGUAGAGUGGGACGAGGAGUACCCCCCACAAAUGGGGGAUGAGUACAGCCAGACGGUGUUGUCCACACCGCUGUACAGGUUCUUCAAGUAUAUUGAGAAUCGAGACGUUGCAAAACAAGUGAUGAAGGAACGGGGGCUCAAGAAAAUCCGUCUCGGCGUAGAAGGGUACCCAACUUACAAGGAAAAGGUCCGCAAACGACCGGGCGGUCGUGCUGAAGUCAUUUACAAUUACGUCCAACGUCCAUUCAUACACAUGUCCUGGGAAAAAGAGGAAGCGAAGAGCCGCCAUGUCGAUUUUCAGUGCUUUAAAUCGAAAUCGGUAACAAACUUGGCUGAAGCCACCGCAGACCCUGUUAUAGAAUUGGAGCCGGUGAGACGUGAUGAUGUGGAGGUCCCGGAGAACCAAGAUGUCCAAGAGGACGAACAGUGACUGUUUGUGACGCGGGUUGUGCGUGUUAUGGCGGUGUUUUGUUGGUGACUGUGGGAUAAGGGUGCUUUUACACCAAUGUGCGAACAUGUGUAGCGAGAGUGUUUGUAAAGAAACAAUUGUAUGCCUUCAUUUAGUUUGGAGUGAAGUGUUUAGCGUUUGAAGCGAUACUUGGGAAUGCGAUUGUUGGUGGAGAAGCACCCUUAGUGUUUGGAAAUGUGAAAGUACCCGCAAAUUUUGAG